AGCACUGGCUGCUGCUGUGUCUUUUACUGGGAAACACGGUUUCCCCGCGGGAGAGCCCAGAGCGCGCAGGGACGCGCGCGCACACACGCAGACCACGCACACUCACUCAUUGACACGCGCGCGCGCACACACAUACACACAUACAGAUACACACACACACGCACGCACCCGCGCCCGCUCGCUCCUUCACAACUGCAUCUCCAAACCGGCAGAGCGAAGCUCCUGCGAUUUCUCUUAACCUCACCAUCGUGGGACGAAGCAGGGCCAUUGUGCAUUGGGGAAAGCCCGGUGCCUGCGCUGUCGCGUCGGGUACAGAACCCAGCAGAACGCGCACCCCAUCGGCUGGAAUGCUUGCCAAUUCUGCUGCAAACCUCUAGGCUGACCCUGCGGACCCCAGAACCCUGCUGGAAAAAUGCCGUCUGAACACUGCCUCAGUAUUCAAGAAAUGCUGACAGGCCAGAGGCUCUGCCACUCGGAAUCUCACAACGACAGUGUCCUGGCAGCGCUGAAUCAGCAGAGGAGCGACGGCAUGCUCUGCGAUGUCACCCUGAUUGCGGAGGAGCAGAAAUUCCAUGCUCACAAGGCCGUCCUGGCGGCGUGCAGCGACUACUUUCGGGCAAUGUUCAGUCUUUGUAUGGUGGAAAGUGGAGCUGACGAGGUGAAUCUGCAUGGUGUGACCAGCCUAGGCUUAAAGCAGGCUCUGGAGUUCGCAUACACAGGACAGGUUUUGCUGGAGCCGGGUGUGAUCCAAGAUGUGUUAGCCGCUGGCAGCCACCUGCAGCUGUUGGAGCUCCUCAGUUUAUGUUCCCACUAUCUCAUCCAGGAAUUAAAUAUCUUUAAUUACUUGGAUCUGUACAGACUUGCUGACCUCUUUAACCUCACUUUGUUGGAGAAGGCAGUGAUCGAUUUCUUAGUGAAGCAUCUCUCUGAACUCCUGAAGAGCCGCCCGGAAGACGUUCUAACGCUUCCUUAUUGUCUGCUUCAGGAGGUCCUGAAGAGCGACCGCCUGACCUCCCUGAGUGAAGAGCAGAUCUGGCAGCUAGCCGUGAGGUGGUUGGAACACAACUGCCAUUACCAGUACAUGGAUGAGCUCCUGCAGUACAUCCGCUUUGGCCUGAUGGAUGUGGAUACUCUCCAUACAGUUGCCCUGUCCCACCCCCUCGUCCAGGCAAGUGAGACGGCGACGGCUCUUGUCAAUGAGGCCCUGGAGUACCACCAGAGCAUCUACGCACAGCCCGUGUGGCAGACCUGCAGGACCAAACCCCGCUUCCAGUCGGACACUCUGUACAUCAUCGGCGGGAAAAAGCGCGAGGUCUGCAAAGUCAAGGAACUUCGGUACUUCAAUCCUGUGGACCAGGAGAAUGCUCUCAUAGCCGCCAUUGCCAACUGGAGCGAGCUGGCCCCCAUGCCCGUGGGAAGGAGCCACCACUGUGUGGCCGUCAUGGGGGACUUUCUGUUUGUGGCGGGAGGGGAAGUGGAGCACGCCACUGGCCGGACGUGUGCGGUGAGGACUGCCUGUCGCUACGACCCCCGCAGUAAUUCCUGGGCAGAGAUCGCGCCCAUGAAGAACUGCCGGGAGCAUUUUGUGCUGGGUGCCAUGGACGAAUACCUCUAUGCAGUUGGGGGCAGAAAUGAGCUGCGCCAGGUUCUGCCCACAGUCGAGAGAUACUGCCCCAAGAAGAACAAGUGGACUUUUGUGCAGUCCUUCGACAGGUCCCUUUCCUGUCACGCUGGCUACGUGGCGGACGGCCUUCUCUGGAUAUCAGGUGGAGUAACUAACACCGCACAGUAUCAGAAUAGACUAAUGGUGUAUGAACCUAACCAGAACAAGUGGAUCAGCCGCAGCCCCAUGCUGCAGAGAAGGGUCUACCACUCCAUGGCUGCAGUCCAUAGGAAGCUCUACGUCCUUGGCGGCAAUGACCUGGACUACAAUAACGACCGGAUCCUGGUGCGGCAUAUAGAUUCCUACAACAUAGACACCGACCAAUGGACGCGCUGUAACUUCAACCUGUUGACUGGCCAAAAUGAAUCUGGAGUUGCUGUCCAUAAUGAGAGAAUCUAUUUAGUUGGUGGAUAUUCGAUUUGGACAAAUGAGCCUCUGGCUUGUAUCCAGGUAUUGGAUGUAAGUAGAGAAGGCAAGGAAGAAGUAUUCUAUGGGCCUACACUCCCUUUUGCUUCCAAUGGAAUAGCAGCAUGCUUCCUUCCAGCUCCAUAUUUCACAUGCCCUAAUCUUCAAACUCUUCAAGUGCCUCAUCACAGGAUUGGCACCAUCUGAAAAGCCAAUGCCCUGUGGAUAACGAUCACAAACAGGAGGAAUUAAAAGCCUGACUUUUGGAUACUGGGCAUGAAAAGACUGAGUGCUCAAAUGCUUCCUUGUCUUGUUUUAUAGGUCUUAUAUUCAGAUAAACAUUAGAAAAAAAAAGAACAAUUUUCUAAAAUACAUAACUGAAAAUUCCCGUCAGCCUUUACAGUGUAUGUAAUGUACAAUACAAUAGCAUAUGUAUGACUUCUUUGUUGUGUAGCUUAGUGCCAACUUAAUGGUCCAUUACUGUUCUAUGGGUUAUUAGAGCAUUUUUUCUAACUAGUGCUGUCUAGGACAACAUGACAGCACUAGUAAGUCAAUUUAUUUCCAAGUACUGUCAUCAUUGAUUUCUAAAACACUUCAACACUCAAUCCCUUUGCUACUUAAACCUGGGUUUGUAAUUUUUCUUUAAAAAUUUAACAUUAGACAGCCCUAUUCAGUAGAGACCCAGCAUUAUGACAUCAUGAAUUUUUAAAUGCCAUAAUGCAUUUAAGUUAAUAUGACUAAUAGAAGUACACUGGAAUUCCAGUGUACUUCUAUUAGUCAUAUUAACUUAAAUUAUCACAGAGUAAUAAUAAUUACUCUGUGAGCUUGGGCUUAACUUUACAGAGCUUUAGUUUUCCAACUGUUUAAAAGGAUAAUUAGUGAUUUCCAUAUCAAUUUAGAAGAAUGGCGUGAGGAUUAGGCAAAUGCACUGAAGUACUUCACCUAAGAAAAAAAUGUUACUCAAAUUCCAAGGUAUUUUACUGUCUUAAGAAUCUUGUACCAAACAGGGAGAUUAUUUUUGAAUUUUAAAAAUUACUAGGUAGAACUUCAAACACAUGCUAUAGAAUAAAUGAUUCUAAAAGCAGGUUGAAAGAGAUAAUGCUAAUUAGAAAAAAGGGACUUCACAAACCCAAAGAAUCCUAAACUUGCACAAAUCCUUGCCUCAAAUAACUCUCUCAAACAUCUCAUUUAAAUUCAUUUAUUGAAAAAUGACAUUUUAUACUCAAAAAAAUUAGCUGUACUAAUUUUGGUACCAUAAAGUGCUUUGACAUAAAUUUGAACCUAGAAUCAGUAAUUCUAACAAAAGUUUUUCCACUUUGUUAAAGGUUAUGUCAAUCUUGAGUGCUUGUGGGAUUCUUUCCCAUCACCAAUACACAUAUUAUUACCACUUUUAAUAAUGCAUAAGGAUUUUUUUAGGCUAGGUUUUUGGAUCUGCUUUGUCCAUAACCAAAAAGAAAACAACUCAAUAAUCAAUUUGAACAAAGUCAACAAAAAAAAAAUGUGUCUUCCCCUUUUCCUAAUCUAAGUCACCUUUAUUAAAAAGACUUCACUGACUUUUUCCCUAGACAUAGUUUAAUCAUUCAGCAAUCCUUGGCUUACAGGAAAUUCUAAUUAUAUUCAUGUAAACACUUUAAAGAUUUUUAUUCUAAAUACAGAAUUCACUAAUCUUAUACAUUAUAAGAUACCUAAAAUAUAUAUCUUCUUGCUAUCCAGAUUUAAGGGUGGGGUGGGGAGAGAAAUUAGGAGUGAGAAGACAAAGUAAAUUUUAAAGAACAGAGAUUUAGUUUAGACAAAAAUCCUUGAGAGUAUUUGUACAGUUCUGAAAGUGACAUAGAUAAAUUUAAAUUUAGAAGGAUGAUAGAUAAUCUCUUUAAAAGGUGUAAACCAUCUAAACUAAAUUUUUAAAAUGCCUUACCAGGUCAGGAAAAUGUACAGCAUUUCAGAAUGUUUUCAACAAGGACCUAUGCAAGAAAUAUUUGAUUCAUGAAUUCUUCUACUUGACAUAUAGAUUUUCCCUGUAGCAGUUUUACCUUAUAAAACCAUUAGUCUAUUUGUAACCCCAGACCCUAUAUCCAACAAGUAAAAGGGAAAUGGUCUAAAAAUAAGUUUGUUUAAUGGUAACUGAAGGCAGCCUACCUAAGAGUACUCUUGAUUUUCUUCUGUGUGGAUUUCUAACUAUUCAUUUUAAACAAAUCAGUAUCUAUUGUCAAACUCUUCCAUGGUGAACAUAGUAUUCAAAUAAUUGAACUCAGAAUUUAUAAAAGCUUUACAUAAUUUUCAGAAACUUUAUAAACCCUUUAUAAGUACAGCCCAACAACAGAAAACAAACUACUACAUCUCUCCCCUAAAAAAGAAAAAUAACGCAGAGAUCACUUAUAAUUAGAUCCUUUCCCUAAAAUCAUCAAUAGUAAGAGCUAAUAAUAAGAAAAAAAACUAUUUGGUCAUUGAAACUAUUCAUAUAUUUUUCCACUUAAGUGUACUAUUCUAUAGCAAUUCAUCUUCUAGUUUCACUCUUUAAAUUAAAGAUCAUAUUGUUUUUAUAUUCAAAUUAUCAAUGUGAAUUUCCAUAGAUCACGAAACUUCCAACUAUUUAAGCAUCAUUUCAGUAUUUUACUUUUAAAAAGAAGCAGUACUACAUAGAUAUUGGCAGUGUUCUUAUGUGGGAGGAAAAGCCAGCAAAGAUAUGAAUCUCUAAAAUGUAAAAUGCAAUAAAAUUCUUUGGGUCCUUAACAUAAUGCCAGUUAGGUUAUGAUUAAGGUACCUUUUAUACUUCUCUUCAUGCUUUCCUUGUUUAACUAGAUGUAUAUUGUAUUCCCUUCAGACACUGCAAUAGCUGGAAAACUAGUGUUUUACAAAAGAGUAUGAAAGCAAUAGUAUAAAAUAGAAAUUAUUUUGGUUUUCAAGUAGUCAAUCUGUCAUAAAAAGGGAAGUUGAAUAAUCAUAGGUACAGACUAAGUUAAAUAAAUACAUUUUUAUUACAUAUCCUUAAUAUAUGCACAAAAUAACUUAUAAAAAUGUUUAUAAGAAUGCCCAGAAUUCUUCUAAAAGUACAAUUUGCAAAUGCAAUAAUCAAAUAACUAUUAGCACACCAAAACUUUAAUAAGCAGAAAAUGGUCAAUUUCAAUCAUGUGGUACUGAUUUUGGUAACUUUACCAAUAUAUAUCACAGAAUCAAAAUACAACUCUCAUAUGUUGUUAAAUAUGUAAAAGAAUGUGCUACGUAGCUUCCCAAAUCAACCACUUCACAAAGCAUGUUAUUUACAUGGAUAAACUAUACACUAGACUGACAAGGCAAUAUUUUUAACCCUAGGAGGAGUAGACAUCAGUUUUUGGAAAAAUGUAAGGUUUAUAUAAAAAGUCUAUCAUUCAAAGAGCAGUGGUUUAGUACUGAUAAUACAGCAUUUAGUGAAGGUCCUAUGAUACCUAUCUUUAUCUUCAAAACACAAGUGCUGUGUAACAUUUCGUAUUUAGGAAGGUAGGUUUCAUACAGGCUUCUCCCAACUGCAGGGGCUUAUCAAAUUUCUGUGUAACAUAUAAUCUUAACAAAGGGAACACAAAAUUAAAAACUGUCAAAGUCCAGAACAGUACAUGAAGACAGAUCCAUUAAUUCCUUAAGAACAAAGUAGCUUUAAAGUUUUGUGAUAGAGCCUGAGAGAGAUAACAAUGACAGAACAUAUACAUAGUCUAAUAACCCACAACUAAUUAUUUUUUUUAUAUAGAUGCCCAGGUAGAAGUAGUUACACUUAAGAAGAAAAGAAAAUAUGCUAGGAAUAAGUAAGGAUAUAAAAGUCUUCAACUAUGAAAUUCUUAUGUAAAUGAACUCAAUAUCAAAUGUUUUUUGUAUAGAGUCAAUACUCCAUUUUUUUCCUUCCCCAUGGAAACAUUAAAUGUUCAAUUAAAAACAUUCAAUCAUGACCAAAUCUGAGUGUCUAAUAAAAUCACUUCAUCACA